AAUAUUGGUGUUGAAGGCAGAAUUUUUAGAGAUUGGGUGAAAUCAAACCUUUUCCAUAUUAUCAGUUGUCCGCUGAGUUGGGUGAGGAAAAGCCGAUCCCACAUGGCCUCCACGGCGCUGUACUUAUUUCCAAUCACAUCGGCUAUGGCCACUACCAGAUUCCUCGGCCGCGAGCCCCAGCGACGAUUUCCUCCCCAAGCCGGCACCGCCGACCGGAAUCUCCUGCAUAGCAUUGUCAGACGGGUGUUCUUGCACCGGAACCAUCCCGAGGCCGCCGAGGAAACGACGUUGAGAAGGAGGAGGUCAAUGAAGGUCUUGGCGGAGCAUCAGAGGGACAGAGCCAUGGCUGAGAUUUGUUGGAUGAUUCGUGAUUUGAAA